AUGGCCAUUGCAGAUGCUCGUUAUCGUUUUAUUUGGGUCGACAUUGGAGAUUAUGGUUCCCUGAAUGAUGCAGGAAUUUGGUCUAAUACCGCAAUGAAAGAAGCAUUUGAAAACAACACAUUAUCUAUACCAAAAGCUUGUCCUUUACCUAAUACAAAUUGCUCACUACCAUUUUGUGUUGUUGGUGAUGAAAGUUUUCCAUUGAAAACAUAUUUGAUGCGUCCAUUUGCGAGAAGAAAUUUACAAAAUAAUAAUCAAAGGAUAUUCAAUUAUCGGUUAUCAAGGGCACGUCGAGUCAUUGAAAAUGCUUUUGGGAUUCUUGUUGCACGAUGGCGUAUUUUACUAAAACCAUUAGCUCUAAAAUUGAGUACUGUAGAAAAAAUUAUCCAAGCGAUAACUUGUUUACAUAAUUACAUUAUAACUACUAAAGCAGCAAACAAUCAAUACUUAAACGAAGGAAUGAUAAAUCGAGAAAAUAAUGGCGCGAUUAUACCAGGAAAUUGGCGAAAUAUAGGAGAAAACAAUUUGAUUAAUUCUUUAGGGCGUGUUGGUGCUAACAUUGGUACAGCUGCUGCUAUCAAAUAA